AUGUCUUGGUACUUAUCAAGACCUCUCAAUGGCACUAGUUCUCGGCCAACUCUUCCUGCUGGACUAUCAACUACAACAGAAUUAGGACAGCUGGUGGAAACAAUAAGAAAAUCCUUACCCGUGGAGUUACAAGGGCUCAUCUACAGAAACGUCUCAGGCCUCUUCCGUUUCCUUGCCGGGGCCUCAUUUACAUUGAAUGAACUAGAUGAAAACGCCGGGCCCGAUAGAGGAGUCGUUAUCAACCCAGUCCCACAUCAUUCAGUGAAAUUCCUCCGUGCCACCUCUACAAUUAUCCUUGGUGAAGAAUGCUUGACAAAUAUUGGGUCAGAUAACGCCUCAAAUUAUGAACAAGAUAUCGCUCUGCAGGAUAAACCUGUCUAUGGAAUACAAGUAUCACUCGGAACUUAUGGAGUCGUUGCCCUUCGAGUCAUUUAUCAGGACAACACAACGUCAUCCUGGCUGGGCUUUGGACCUAGGAAAUGGACCGCUACGUACAAGGGUGAUGAUCUCACUAAGCUUCGCACUGCAUCUGAUGGAUUCAAACUGAUAAGCGUUGGGUUUACUAACGGGGAAGUUUCGCAACCGCCGACUAACUUGGCUCACUUGUUUUUCGACCACGAUAAGGUCUUACCUCCCAGAGCCAAAUAUUUGCUUGCAGAUAUGAAGAUUCCAGGUACUCAGAUCCUCGGCAACCCCAGCGCACGUCUAGCACAGUACCUUGAUUUAUCCCACAUUGAGAUCCAAAGUUUAACGGUGGUUUGCAACAUCGAAGCCAUUUACAAAAUUCAAAUAAAUGGGGGCGGCCCUAAAUUGGAGCUGGGCGAUCGUGUAGCAAUUAAACCAUCGGCUAGAGACGAAGAGAACUUCCCAGUUACCCGAUUCUUUCGGCCGGGUGAACGAAUGACGUCGAUUCAUUUGAUAACAAGGGGCCCUGAUCGACCAAUGGUCUGGAAAGGCCCUUUCCUUCUUGUUCGGACUUCGAAAUCACGGACUCUGUAUUUCGGCACAUUUGUACUGCCCUUUCUACAGCCUCUCCAUGUUUCAUCCUUCGAACCCGAGGGGAUUCGAGAAAUCUUGGGGCUCUUCAUCGACCCAACUAACAUCAACCCGGGGAAAAUCAACACCCUUGGCGUGUGUCUAGGGAGUUCGCUGCCCGGUUUAGAACAGGCUGGGCUUCGUGUUCCAACGUAUCGUCGCGAUGCUGAGCCAUUAAUGUUUCCUAGUGUAUAUCCCUUUGCUGCAUUUCUCAGUAGAACCACGCUGCUGAACGUCAUCACGCUCAAGGUCCAGAAGUUUGGAGACCGCUGCAUAGGGAUGUGUGUAGAGCGAGAGAGAGGCAUCAUUGAGACUCUUGGAAUGUGGGAUCCUGUCCGCCUGGAUACCAUCUCUAGCAUCUACAGCCACCGCCAAGGUCCUCUCCAACCUCUAACUUUCAUCUACUCAGCAGCGCCUGAACCUCUGAAACGCUACGUGGAGGACAUUGUCGUCGCCGCAUCGCCAGAUCUUGCCCCUGGCAGACCAAGAUUCACUUGGAGCAGUUUCGGCUCGCAACUGGCGUGGUGGUUUACGCCGAGAUACACCUUCAUUCAGGAUUGGCAGGGAGAGGAGAGCGACAUUUUGCAGACUGUCGCACCGAAUAUCCCGUGUGCCUACGGCCGGUAA